GUUCACCUGUCCCGGAGCCCCGAGCGUGCACUCAGGAAACCACCGCCCAGCGCGCGCUCGCGACACCAUUCCGAUACACUCUGGUGGGUCACGCGUCGCACACACACUCGAACACACGCACACACACUCACACACACUCGCGCUCACGCACACACGCAAACACACCCACACACACACACACACACACACACACACACACACACACACACACACACACACACACACGUAAAGGCUCCGCCGCGUCGUCACCGUUCCGCUCGAGGACCCCGCGAGACGCGGCCACCACGUCGCUUCAUUUCCCCGCGCAGCGGCUCGGAGUUUAAGCUGCGCUCGCGAGUCUCGAGUCAUGUUGGACCCGUCCUCGAGCGAGGACACGGGAGGGGAGUCGGACCGCGAAGUUGUGGAGUACCCACCGAAGACCUCUUCCACGACCUCCUCAUCCUCGUCCACCUCCACCUCCGCCGCUCCUCCACCACCUGCUGCUCUGCCCGGGCGGCGCGACGAGGAGAAGAAGGAGAAGGAGAGGCGCGCGCUGGAGGGGGAGGAGGAGCAGAGGAGGGAGCAGGAGGAGGAGAGGAGGACUCGGCUCCAGAUCUACGUUUUCGUCCUCCGCUGCAUCGCCUACCCGUUCAACGCCAAGCAGCCGACAGACAUGACCCGCCGGCAGCAGAAGAUGAACAAGCAGAAGCUCCAGACGGUGCGCGAGGCCUUCAGCUCCUUCCUCAGCGGAGACACGCAGAUCCUCGCCGACGAGGCAUUCUGCAACGCUGUGCGCAGCUACUACGAGGGCUUCCUGAAGAGCGAGCGCGUGUCCCGCAUGGUGCAGAGUGGCGGCUGCUCGGCUGCCGACUUCCGGGACGUCUUCAAGAAGAACAUCGAGCGCCGCGUCCGCAGCCUGCCGGAGAUCGACGGGCUGAGCAAGGAGACGGUGCUCAGCUCCUGGAUGGCCAAGUACGACACCGUCGCCCGUGGCGACGAGGACCCCCGCCGGCCGCCGGCCCGCCACCACAGCGCCGUGUCGGAGCUGAUCCUCAGCAAGGAGCAGCUCUACCAGAUGUUCCAGAGUGUCCUGGGGGUCAGCAAGCAGCAACACCAGCUGCUCUACAACGCCUGCCAGCUGGAUAACGUGGACGAGCAGGCCGCUCAGAUCCGCAGAGAGCUGGACGGACGGCUGCAGAUGGCGGAGAAGCUGGCUCGGGAGCGGCGGAUCCCGCGGCUGGUGCUGGGGGCCACUGAGCUGCAGUACGUGGAGGAGCUGCGGGGGGCCGCCAACCUGCUGAUGUCCAACCUGGAGAGCCUCCCGGUCUCCAAGGGGGGGCCCGACCUCAAGACCAAGCUCAAGCGCUCGGCCAUCAAUGCCUCCUUCCUGGACCUCGGAGAGGAGGCGGGGGCGCUGUCCAAGUCCGAAGUGGUCCUGUCCUUCACACUGGAGGUGAUGGUGGUGGAGGUCCAGGGCUUGCGGUCUCUGGCUCCUAACCGUAUCGUCUACUGCACCAUGGAGGUGGAGGGCGGAGAGAAGCUCCAGACCGACCAGGCUGAGGCGUCCAGACCGCAGUGGGGCACCCAGGGAGACUUCUCCAGCACCCAGCCGCUGCCCUGCGUGAAGGUGAAGCUGUUCACCGAGAGCACCGGGGUGCUGGCGCUGGAGGACAAGGAGCUGGGCCGGGUGGUCCUGAACCCGACCCCCAACGGACCCAAGCAGCCAGAGCUCCACCGCAUGACGGUCUCCAAGAACAGUGCGGACUCGGACCUGAGGAUCAAGCUGGCCGUCCGCAUGGACAAACCGCCCAACAUGAAGCAUUGUGGCUAUCUGCACGCUCUGGGUCAGCGCGUGUGGAAACGCUGGAAGAGAAGAUAUUUUGUUCUUGUUCAGGUGAGCCAGUACACCUUCGCCAUGUGCAGCUACCGAGCGAAGAAAGCAGAGCCUCAGGAGUUGAUGCAGCUUGACGGCUACACCGUUGACUUCUGUGAACCGCAGUCAGGUCUGCAGGGCGGGGCCGUCUUCUUCAAUGCGGUGCGGGAGGGCGAGCUGGUGACCUUUGCAAGCGAUGACGAGCAGGACCGGGUGCUGUGGGUCCAGGCCCUGUACCGGGGCACCGGGCAGUCCUACAAGCCCGUGCCCCCCGCCCACAGCAGGAAGAACCACCCCAAUGGCCGAGGAGCCAAUCAGAAGCAGGCAUCACUCACCGGUGCGGACCCCGUCCCGCGGCAGCAGGGCGUGGAGGCGCUGGUGGCUGCAGACCCGUGUGAGUCGGACCACGCGGCGCUCUUCACCACGCUGCAGAGACUCACCCUCCGCCACCGCAUGGACGACUCCUACUCCUGCCUGGGCUGGUUCAGCCCCGGCCAGGUGUUUGUGUUAGAUGAGUACUGCGCGCGCUACGGCGUGCGUGGCUGCCAGCGCCACCUCACCUACCUGACGGAGCUGAUGGAGUACGCAGAGAGCAGCUCGCUGGUGGACCCCACCCUGCUGCACUACAGCUACGCCUUCUGCUCCUCCCACAUCCACGGCAACCGGCCAGAUGGGGUGUCCACAGUGACCCUGGAGGAGAAGCAGCAGUUUGAGGUCAUCAGGCUGCGCCUCAUGUCUCUGCUCCAGGACCAGAUCACACACUUCAGGUACUGCUUCCCCUUCGGACGGCCAGAUGGAGCCCUGAGAGCCACGCUGUCCCUGCAGGAGCGGGCUCUGAUGAAGGACAUCACCAUCCCCGUCCCUCCGGAGGAGAUGCGGGAGCUGGUCCGGGCGUGUCUGGAGAAAGCCGCUCACGUCAACUACUCUGAGCUGGUUCAGUACGCACAGAUCCAUGUGGAGGCGGAGGUCCCCAGGGAGAGGCGGCUGGAGGACCUGCUGCGCCUGGGGGAGCUCUGCAUCGAGGUGCUGCAGCAGAACGAGGAGCACCACGCCGAGGCGUUCUCCUGGUGGCCGGAUGUGAUGACGGAGCAUGCAGAGACCUUCCUGUCGCUCUACAGAUCCAACAUGGACACCGUUCUCCAGCUACAACCCGUGGACUGCUGGGACUCAUUCCCACUCUUCCAACUCCUCAACAACUACCUCUCCUCAGACCUUCACCUGUUUGGCGGGCCGUUCCACCUCCACCUGCAGCAGGUGUUCGUGCCGCUGGUGGUGCGCUACGUCGACCUGAUGGAGUCGUCCAUCGCCCAGAGCGUCCACCGCGGCUUCCAGCACGAGACCUGGGAGUCUGUCAGGAGUCUGAGCAGCAGUCUGGUGGGCGUGUCGCUGCCCCGGCUCCCGGGCCUGCCCCCCCUCCCCCAGAUGCCCCUCUUCUCUCCGCCCGCCUGGAUGGGACCCCUCUGUGACACCGCCAACGGCUCGGUGACCUCUGGCGACCUGUUCUGGAAGCUGGAGGCCCUCCAGAUGUUCAUCCAGGACCUCCACUGGCCCGAGCCCGAGUUCGCCGCACAUCUGGAGCAGAGGUUGAAGCUGAUGGCCAGCGACAUGACGGAGGCCUGCGUCCGGAGGACCAAGACGGCCUUCGACUCCCUCCUCCAGAGGAGCAGCCGGGGGCCGGAGCUCCGCGUCCCCUCCUCCCUGGUCACCAUGUUCAACGUGCUGCUGCAGGCGCGCACACACAGCCCCACCCUCUGCGUGCUGCAGGGGCCUGGACAGGUGGGCUGGAGANNNUACCACACCAGGGUGGACGUCCUGAUAGACGAGGCGGUGGCGGACAUGGUGUCCUCGCUCGUUACCAAGCUCUGUGCAGUAUUGGAGGUGGUGCUCAGCAAGCUCUCAAGAUACGAUGAGGGAACGCUCUUCUCCUCCAUUCUCUCCUUCACGACUAAAACUGCUGCCAAGUAUGUGGAGGUUCCCAAGCCCGGUCUGGACCUGGCUGACGGCUACAUCUCAUUCGUGCGUCAGAACCAGGACAUCCUGCGGGAGCGAAUCAGUGACGAGCUCUACACCCAGAAGGUGUUUGAUCUGUGGUACAGCAGCUCAGUGAAGGCGGCGUGUGUGUGGCUGACGGACAGGAUGGACCUCCAGCUCCACGUCUACCAGCUGAAGACCCUCAUCAGGAUCGUCAAGAAGACGUACCGGGACUUCCGGCUGCAGGGCGUGGGAGACGCGGCGCUGAGGACCCCCAGCUACGAGACGCUGCUGAGCCGCCUGACGGUGGAGGAGGCCACGCUGGCAGUCCGCUGCCCCGGGGGGCCGGACGCCCUGCAGGGGGUCUCCAUGAGGGACAGCGACCAGGAGGACGACUGACCGCCUCCUCACGCCACGCCUCCUCCUCAAGCCCCGCCCCCGCCUUCUCCUCCUGCCACGCCUCCUCCUCACGCCCCCUAUCCUCCUCCUCACCCCACUCCCCUGCCUCCUCAGCACCCAUUACCCAGCAGCUGCCCCCCUCCCCAGGGGUUUGUUUGUGUGUGUGUGUGUGUGUGUGUGUGUGUGUGUGUGUGUGUGUGUGUGUGUGUGUGUGUGUGUGUGUGUGUGUGUGUGUGUGUGUGUGUGUGUGUGUGUGUGUGUGUGGGGGGGCACGACAGAGGCUCUACUGGGGGGUCCUGGGGGCCUACGUCUCCAGAAUUAGGAGAUAUUAAGGAGUCAACUGUUCAUGGUGUCGUUCUUUACUUGACGUUUCUGUGAACACUUCCUGUCUUUUACCAAUUGGGAAGCGGCCUCAGUCUUUUAGCCAAUAGGAGGCCAGUGUGUGCUCCAGUGAAGAUGAGUGUUGUGGUGCUUUAGGUUCAAACUGCUCUCUGCCCGGUAACUCAAGAUGUCUCCCAUUGCUCCCCGUCAGCCCUCCUCCCCAGGAUGUGAUCUUGUGGUAUAUUCUAUAUCUGCCUUGUUUUCUCCUGUCUAUUCAGGUGUGUCAAAUGUUUUAAUUGAAUCCAAAUCAUAAUUAAAGUGGUUCUAAAGACGUCA